AUACACAGCAAAUAAUGACGUAACGCAAUUAUACACAUAUGUAGGAUAUGGAUAAGAUGGAAAUAUGCAUCUACCAUGGUCAUGUUUUGCCACAAUAAGUCUGGUUUUCGUCAUUCUUGUUCCGACCAUUGCCAUUGGUCUUCAGUGUUACCAGUGUAGUACAGUUGAGAACAAGGAUUGUGAUGACCCAUUCCGUAACCAUGACUACUCCCCUACAGAAUGUUCCACAAUUUGUGUGAAGAUAAGGUUUGAAGGGACAGUUGAACGAGGGUGUUUAAACAAUCAGUCUCCUUUCCCCGUGAUCAGCCCAGGUGGGUCAGGCUGUGUCUCCCAAUACAUCCCAAUGAAAGGUGUGACAACUGUAUGCAGGUGCAGUACUCCCCGAUGUAAUGGCGGAGUAGGGAACAGAAGCUUGGUGUAUCUACCAUUCAUCCUGUCAGGACUUGCCCUGGUCGUUCUCCUGGUGAAGUAAGCGUAUUUGGCCUGUGUGGUGUAUUGACCACUGAGCGUACAUUGUCAAAUACUACAUGAACUUUAUAUAGAGAGAAUACCGAGUACAUUACCAUUUUAUCUCAUUUGUAAUGGAUUAAUUUUGCACAUGAACAUGUGUUGGAAUUUACUACCAAAUGAAUGCCAUUAUCUAUAAAAUAACUAUAUACAACUUGUUUAAAUAUCACGAAAUUUUGUUAAUUUUUACAAUAAAAAUCCAUUAUUUCUACUUAAGGUAGAUGGUUCUAAUCAAUUUACAAAA